AGGAGAGGAGGAGGAGCAGAGGUGGAGGAGGAGGAGGAGGAGGGCCGGCUGGCUUGGCCGCUUUGUGCGCCACACACAGAUGCAAAGUAAACGGACGUUGGAGCGUCAAACAAGGGGACCGUGCUGCUUCUCCUCCCCGCUUUGAGGAAGCUGAAUCGGCCGUGGAGGCUUCACCUCCGACUGUCGCUUGCUCGGAAAGUUGAGUGGAAUAUAAAACCCCGAAACUUCAGCCGUCGCUUUAGGAGCCGUGAAGAUAAAAAAAGAAAAGGGUGAUCCAACAGAUGAAACCAGAGCUGGAGGACCAGAAUGGCUGCACACAUUAAACACCUGGAAUUAUACUUUCUUUGACAAACAUCUUAUACAACUGCCAAAGAAUCCUGGAAGGAACUCUCCUGAACGCCUACAGAACCUAAUUGCAUUUCUUUCUGUGGAUUAUAAGUAAGACACUGCCAUCAUGCCUAUUCUCAAGCAGCUGGUGAAUAACUCUAACCAGUCGAAACGGAGGUCUCGGGCUGACCUGACCGCCGAGAUGAUCAGCGCUCCGUUGGGGGACUUUCGCCACACCAUGCACGUCGGCAGGGGUGGAGACGCCUUCGGGGACACUUCGUUUCUUAGCACCCGGUCAGGGGAACCUCCGAGGGAGCCGGAGACGAAGCAGGGCUCCCCGGGCCCCAAACCAGGGCUGCUGUCCCGCACCUUCAGAAGCAGCAAGCGCUCUCAAUCAGUUAACCGCGGGGAUAAGUACGAGUACAACAUGAUGGCACCUUCUGGUGGCUCAUCUAACUAUGUGAAAAAUGCCAUAUCCCUGCCUUACCUAAACGAUGAGGAUACUAACAGAGGACACCAAAUGCCGAAGAGCGUUUCCUCUAGCCCCAUGAAAAGGCUGACGGAGAUCGAGAGCAAGCCGGUGAACGGAGCGGCAGCGAUGGCGACUUUGGAUGUGGAAUUCGACGAGCGAAAUUUCGGCGAACUUACAGAUUUGCCUCCAUCCAUGCCGAAGGGAGGCGGAAUGAAGCACGCAGAGUCGAUGAUGUCCUUCCACAUUGACUUGGGGCCCUCCAUGCUCGGGGAUAUCUUGAGCGUGAUGGAAAAGAAAGGCUGGGAGGAGGACGACCUCGGUUACGAAGAAGGCAAGGGCAGCGAGGGCCGUGCGUCGCCCUCCCACAUCCCCCACAUAGAUGACGAGGACGCGGAGGAGCGGGCACCUGCAAGGCCACCUCGCAGCAUGUACCAGCAGAAGGCCAUGGUGGAUCCCUACACUCCGGAGCUACACACCAGAAACAACCACCACAACCUGGACAGCUGCUCUGUGUCCAGCUCCGGCUCAGCCGUUGAGGAGAAAGCCCAGUACCACAUCCACGACGCCGACACGGACAGUGCAAAGUACAGUUCACCACGCGGGGAGGAUGACAGAGAUUUCACCUUCAUGGAUGACGACGAUGAUGAGAUUCGAGUGUAGGCUAAACUGGUAUCACUACCACGACAGACUCGAGAGACACUAAUGGAGAAGACCAGGUGUUGGGAGGCUAUCACAAGCUGGGAAAAGCAAGGGAGGGAGUUAGAGGCAGGGCCACAUCUGCUUUAAGCUUCUUGUAGAUCAAUCUAAUCUCUGUACACUUUGUUCAACAUCAUAAAUAAAACCAAUUAAGCCUUAUUCACUGUGCUGUAGCAAGGAGAUGUGAGCUGAGUGCAAACAGACCGGCUCACAGUGUGGCACUCUCGGAAGGUUUGGGUUGUUAAUUGUUGCACCUUUUUUUUUUUUGCAACAUCAAACUCUGAACUCAUAAUCGGGGAAAUUUCAAAUACACGCUGCCAUGUUCUAUCCUCGUCCUUGUCAAAGGUGCACUAACAAAGAGCAGCGAGCCGUUGUUUUAGGACGAACACGAGGUUAGAGAACUGCACCGCAGCUGUCAAUCACAUGAAUAUCACAUUUGGACACGGAAACGCGAGGUCACGAACGCGGUGUGGAUGGGUACUACGGAUUCGGUAGAGGUGAAACUCGGAUAGCUUUGUAAUCCCUGUGUGUGCGCGGGAGUGAUCGCACAGCUUCAUAUGACAAUGUUUGGCAUAGACACUAAAUAGAUAAAGUAGUUGAUACUUUUUGUCCAAGUCUGACUUUAAGGGGUGAUUUCUGCUUUUUUUUUUUGUUCCUCCUUUGAUUUUAUGUACAUACAGUACCCGGAAAUUUGGUCUACUCCUGUAGAGCCUGUUGUUGUUUAUUGAGUUUGAUAGUUCAUCGCGUUAGCAUCAUUUUUGCUGCAAAAGGUCUUAAUUCUUUAAAUUCGCAGACAGCUGUGAUAUUUAUUCAUUCAUUUUCAGAAGGGAUGGAUCAUUCUUAAUGUGCACUUUUAGGUUGUUUUGAUUUUGGGUUUUUUUUUUCUUUUCUUUCCUUAUAUGUUUUUCUUCUUACAAAAACGUCUUCAUGGUACUACAGAGUGAGCCGGCUUCUUCCCGUAGAAGUUUGCCACAUGGCACUUAAUUAUUGGACACUCAGUUGUCUAAGUCACAUCACUCCUGCUGUCGCGGUAAGGCUGUAUUAGUUGAUUUGUGUACAUAAAAAUGUGAAUUGUUAAAAAAACGAGGCCUUUUUGUAUUUGUACCGCGUCCUGUGCUCUUUUUUUAUUUUAAACGACAGGACAGAAGUGGUGAUCGUGGCAAAUUACGUGUAUCUCUGCAUCGUCACAUCUCAGUCCACAUCAUUACCGAGGGUUUUUAGGAUUGGCAGGUCAGCGGAAAGACGUGUUUGAAAAGGGAGUUGCUGCAGUAGAGAAAAGCUUACAGGGAAAUUAAUAAUUAUGGCUCUAUCCGAAAACACACCUCCUCCCUCUGGACACGUGUUCGGGCUCGUCCCCGAGGGAAGAGAAAGGAUGUACAAACAUGUACACAGUGUUUAUUAGAGCGCAGCUAUGUAAUAGAUGGGCAUCAGGUAUGUCUCGGGGCUAAGAGUGACAGAUAUUUCCUUAACUGGCCUUGCAAGUGAUAAUAUUCACCUCUUCUGCACAACACAAAUCACACAGUAGGAACAGAUGAUUAAAUCAACCGAUCAUCUGGCCUUUCCCGCUAUACUCAUUAAAUGUGCUGGAUUAUUGGCCCUCAACCAGCUGGAACUGCUCCAGGAAUAGCAGGGUCAGGGACAGACAGGUGGGCCGCGUGUGUUUCGUUGGCUUUGCAAACGCGGACUCACUUGGUUAGGCUCCUCCAGGUUACUUCCCGUUAUAUAAAUAAGGCAGAAUAAGAAGGUGUACUUUCCUCUCUGGUAUCCAUGAUUAAUGCCUGACCUUUUUUUUUUUUUUUCUUCAUUCAGUGUUAGAAAACUAAUUGCCACGUUUGACAAAUGGGGCCCGCUUUGAAUUUCCUGUUGUGGCACCGAUGCAGGGGUGUGUACAUAGAAUCAGGAUGCUGUGCCAUUCCGCCUCGGGGUCAUUGUAAUGUUUCGGAAGCGCGUCUACAGGAACAGGUUUGCGAGAAGUUCAGAAAUUAAAUCGCCAAGUAUGUUUCUAACCAUAUUAUGGGGUAACGUUAGCAGGAUGUUGUUUUCUUUUCUACCUAUGUAUAGAUAUGCAGUAUGAUUCGAGUCGAGACAUCUUUCAUUAUUUUGUGACGUAAAUGGGCCAAACCUUUAAGAUGUCUUUUCAUUUCUAUCAAUCCGUUUUGUUUUUUUGUUUAAUGUACGGUUUGUGGGUUGUCGUGGGCGGCUGCAAUCCUUCAUGUCCACCAACAAGAAAUGGACAAAACACUCCUUAUCUGCCAUUGUUCUAAUCAAGUCAUGUAAAUAUCAUUUGUGCCAUCGCUGAUUGCAGUAAACGAGCUUUGUUAUCGGCGGUGUGACUCUUUUUGGUCAUAGCGUGAGAACCAGAAGAAUGUUAGUGGCUGUAACACUACAUAGAAAACAUGUGUAGCCAAAUUGUAUUUGCAAGUAAAAGAAAAAAAAAACCUUUCACCACUCUGACCCGGGCUGGUGGAAUUUGGACGAGAAUAAAUAGAGAAUUAUGGGAAAAGUAUACUAAAUUACUCUGAGAUACUUUCUUGUAAUUGUCUUAACUUUCUGGCAUUUGUCAUGUUUCUCUGUGGGUUGUAGGCCAGAAUAAACCAUAGAAAGGAAUUUGCAAAUACUUUCAGCCUAAGGUCUGCUUGAAAGUUUCUCUGUGCCCUGACAGAAGUGGUUUGGCGAGUGGCAAAAAAAAGAUAAGGGCUGCGAAAAACAACUGGCUCAAAGUUCAGCUGUAGAAUGUUUCUUUUUUUUUCAUAUUCAGUGGCUGUAGUCUUAUGCCAAGUAUGUACUGUUCUUCUUCUCCCUAUUCCUCAUUCUGGUUUUACAGUAUAUUAAUAUAUUUACCUUCCUCACUUUCCUUUCUUUGAAAUAACAGCUAUAUUUUUCAAUAAAAGAGAAAGCUGGUAAUCUUUAA